GCUUGACAAUCAGAGUUGAAAGGUUAUCAAAAUUUGUUAGCGUUAGCAGGAAGCUAGACGAGCUUUUUCUAUUUACAUUUGUUUUUGCAAAAUGUCAGCGGCAGAAGACAAUACUGAUGUGACUCUUCCGUGUGUCCUAAUCACUAGCUCUGAUAGUGACUUUAAGGAAGAAGAGCUGGUAAAACAAAUCCUUAAUUCGAGGACUUUACCUGAGCCGACAAAGCGAAGGGAAGCAGUCGCCUGGUAUCCUUGGAUCAUCAACAACAAAUAUUAUACGGCAGAUGUCAGACUGUGUACUGUACCAAGAAUCACUCAAAUGUCCUCAGAAAUUGCCCAGUCUAUGCAGGCUUUUAUUGCUUACUUCGAUAGUAAAACGAAGGGUGGCUUAGAAAAGCUCAACCCCUGGAUAUCAGUGGUAGCAGAUCUUGCUCCUGAAGUCCUCAUUCUAGUGUGUGACAGAGUCAGUGAAGAUGGUGUCACCAGGCAUGAAGCACAGCAGUGGUGUUUGGCUCACGCGUUUGAACUUGUAGAGCUUAAUCCUCAGGAGCUUCCAGAUGAAGAUGAUGACUUUCCAGAAUCCACGGGAGUUAAAAGAAUAGUUCAGGCUCUGAAUGCUAAUGUGUGGUCAAGUGUGGAGAUGAAAGAUGGACACAAUCAGGGUUUUAAUUUAAUGAGCAGUUUGGUGGCAUCCAGACACAACGACCCACUUAGCCGCCAGGAUCCUUCACCCCCCAGUUUACCAGAAGAGAGUCCUCCUUCUAAUGAGGAGACUAACCAGACAGACAGCCGAGUAAACACAGAUGGACAGCAGGACACUGUUGUAGAUGCAAUGACGGAUUUAGAUAUUCAGGAGCUUGCCAAUCUCACAGCUGGAGAUGCAGAUGUGGACAACUUUGAGCGCCUGUUCACUAAACUAAAGGAAAUGAAAGAUAAAGCGUCUUCAUUACCACAUGAACAAAGAAAAGUUCAUGCAGAGAAGGUGGCAAAAGCCUUUUGGAUGGCCAUUGGUGGUGAUGAAGAUGAAAUAGGUGGACUAUCAUCUGGGGAGGAAAGCUAAGAAAACAAAGGAAAAAAAAGUCUCUCUUGAUCUUUCUUGCUGACCUGUAGCUUUCACAAGAUUCUGUUCCUAUUGAUUCCCUAUUCCCACGUAUAAGAUGAUGCUUAUAGUUGAUCCUGUAAGCUUAUUAGCAUUUAAAAGCAUUUGACUCUUCAAAAGUAAUUGAGAAGUAACAUGUCCUAGUGGGUGGAUUCUAAACUUGUCUUCUCAAUGUCCCACAAAAUGCUUGAGCUCUGUGUGAACCUCAAUACAUGACAGUAAUGCAAGUCAUACAAAUGUUUGAGCUUCAUGCAUUAAUCUGGAUAUAGUAGACACAAAUUUUUCAUAUAUAUUGGCCUUACCUUUUGAAUUGUUUAAAUCUAAAAGGGAAAUCCUGAAAGUUCUUAAAAUCAUGUAAAUCUUUGUAAUGGGUGCAGCAUAACUAAUGUAAACAGUGUCUCACUACAUAAGUUAUUACUGCAGAAGUAACUAAUCAAAAGGUAAACCAAUAUGCUGUGUUAGAGUGAAUCUAUAAAACUAUACUGCUACAUUUAGGUGAUUUGUUAACUUCACUGAAAAUGUGUCAUCUCAAAAAAUAUCAAACUUAUUCCUAAAAGCUUUGCAUUUGUCUGCAUUUUUUUCUUAAUGAAUAUCACAAAGUCGUCUGCAUACAUGACAAAGAGUUACUAUUGUUUUAGUGAUGGUAAACAUCUUAACAAUGCAUUUUAUUUAAUAAAAUUUCACUUUGUAACAGUGGUCACAAAAAAAGUGUCUAGACUUGGAAUUGAGAAACCGAUUGUGAUUAAUCAGGAACAGAUCUACUAACUACCAAAUGCAUUGAGUAUUUGCAAUACAUACAAUUAGAGAUUGCAUGACUCGGUACUGAAAGUGCGAGAUUAACAUGUUUGCAUCAGAGCAAGGACAGUGAGCAAUGCCUUAUGUUAUGAUAAUGCAUAAGUAGCACACAGUGUUUAUUGCACAAGCAGAUCAGAGCAACAGUUAAAGCUUUUCUACACAUUUCUGUGGAAGUGCAUCAUUUACCCACAAGCAGGAUUUACUGUUCGGGAUAAAUAAGGAAAGUUUGUUCUUGAUGAAAAAAACUUUCACCUGUCAUAGCAUACCUCCUUAAUAAGAACAAAAUGUCAAGAUUCAAUCCACUGUGUUGGUUCAUUAAAGAGGCCCAAAUCAGAAAGCUGCGAUUAAAAAUAAAUACUUUUUACAUAAA